CAGAUGGAAAUGAUAUUUAAUCUCUGUUGACUAAAAUGAAGGUGAGUGGCUUGUUCUUUAGUUGUCUAGAUCCAUAAUUAACCCCCAACAGAAAUCAGACCCCCCCCCCAAAAAAUAAGAUUCAUUUCCACUGAAGAUGACAACCAACAUGCCAAUCACCUUUUCUGGAAUAAUGGAUACUAAAAUGGGUAAUUGGACAUUCAGUUAUAUUGAGCACAAUGACUCUCAUGCCAUACACUCAGAGGGCAGUGUUUAUCAGCCUAGAUAUCCGGGAGAACUCAUUAUCCACUCUUUAAUCAUUUUAAUCUGUAUUCUAGGGGUUAUUGGAAAUGGAACUGUCAUCCGACUUUUGGGUUUCCAGAUUAAGAGGAGCUGUUUCACCAUCUUUAUCCUCAAUUUGGCUGUAGCUGACAGUGGGACCCUCAUAUCCCUAUUUUUGUGUGGAAUUCUGUACAUAAAAACUGGGGAUAUCCUCAUAGAAAUAGUAGAAUGUUUAGUAUGCAACUACUGCGCUGGUCAACUUCUUCUGACAAUCAUCAGCAUUGACCGGUGUUUGGCCAUCUUCUUCCCAAUUUGGUAUCGAUGCCAUCAGCCCCCAUACUUGUCCACCAUGCUCUGUGCCAUUACAUGGAUAGUCUCUUUCUUCCCCUGUGCAAUUCAUUACACUCUGAUUUCGGUUACAGGCAUUCGAAACUUCCGCCUGUUCUACUAUGUUUUCAUAUAUACCACAAUUUGCUUCCCACUCAUGGUGGUCUCCAGUCUGGCCCUCUUCAUCAAAGGCUACCUUACAUCACAGAUGCAGAAGCGAGGGAAGCUUCUCACAGCCAUCUUACUUGCCCUGUUUUUCUUCCUCCUCUUUUCUUUUCCACCAAUCAUCGUUUAUCUCAUUGACCUUAUUUCCAAUGGGAAAUAUGUCAAUUUAUUUGCAUAUGGCUACUUAUCUGCCAGUCUAAACAGCAGUGUUAACCCACUGAUCUAUUUUCUACUGGGGAGAAAGAAGGAACAUAAUUCUAUGUGCAACCUAAAAAUCAUCCUCCAGAGAGUUUUCAAGGAGGAAGAAGAGAAUGAGGAGCAACCAGAGUUCCAGGCUGGUAUCCAGUUAUGA